ACAAAUUCAUGCUCGCUCCAUUUCGCCCUUUUACAUAUCCUCUAAAGGGUUUUGCAUGUCAGGUAUUGGGUCCUCCAUGGAAGAAAAAGACGGAAAUAAGGACAGAAUUACAGGACGUAAAGAAUUUUCAAAAUGCCAGUGCUGGAUUAAUAAUUGUAUUCUCAACCAUCAAUUCCCAACGUUCAAGGGAGCCAGUCCGUGAUCAUGCGAGACAAAUCACCAUGUAAAUCAGCUCUGGUUGGGGUCUCACCAUUUGGGUUUAUCAUUUGUUUAAAUAAUGUAUUCAAAUGUUUCCUAUGGCAAUGGUGGCUGCUGUGUAUUCGUUUAGCGCGGGCCAAUAACCAGUUCCUCUCCUCUCAAUAACAAUUAACUUCUCUCAAUUAGGUUUUUAUUAAUUGAGAUUUUUCUACAGUGUUUGUUGGCAAGCCAUGGAUGAAGCUCAUCAAAUAUUGUUGAAUGGAUUGGAGCAAGCGGGAGUGGUGAUGCCCACAGGUGUUUCAAGUAUAGAGGAUGUAGCUUCAGGUUCCUUGGUCUCAAUCUGCUCGCAGACACUUCAUCUUAUCAAUGAGACUUCUUCUUUUCCAACCUCUAUGGCUGUUUCAAUGGCAGAUCGGUUUCGCUUAUGUGCUGAUCUAGCUACUGCUAUUAAAGAGCUUGGUUACCGAGGUGACCUCAGUUUCCAUCAGUUCCUUUAUCCUUCGGAAGAAGAUGCAUAUAAGUUGCUAAAGUUUAUGCUUGAGAGGGUAUCGAAAUCAUCAUCAACUUCUAAGGACAGAAGCCGUCGCAGAGGCCGAGGAUCAGCAGCAGCAGGGGGAAGGUCUACUGGGAAGGAAAAGAAUGCAGGAAUUGCUACAAUUGUAAGAGGGGCUCUGCAAAAAUGUAUGGAAGAAAGUCAGCAAGGUUUAAGUCAUAACGAGGUCUCUCCUUUUCGUACAUGCUCUCUGCGGUUGGCAAAUUCAAGAAAUUUGUCCAAGAAAACCCCACCUCUGAUAACUCUUCAGGCAAAACCGAAAGCUUGGUUGCAUUCUUCAGUGCUUGAGCUUAAUGCAAAAAAUGGCUUAAAAGGACGAAUUCCUAAGGAUCUUGGUAACUGUGUUGAAGAAACUGAUGCAAUAAAGGUUGUGAGUCAUGGUUUCCUUGAAGCUGACAGUAGUUGUAGAAGCAGAUUUGGAAAGCCUUCUACUGAUGGGUACUUGGUUCGAUCAGAAAAAUAUAUUGACAGAGAUUGGGUAAAGUCAUCAGAUGUGUAUCACACUAAAGAAAAAGAAUCAGGCAAAUAUGUUGAGGAUGAAGCAGACUGUGUUAGAAGCAAGGAUCAGGACAAUGAGAAAUAUAUUGGGGAACUUGAAGACAAGUUGUCUUCUCUUACAAUAGAGGCUUCUCAGAUGGAAGCCAAAGUUAUUGAAAUGCGGAGUCAAGAAGCACUAUUGACAAAAGAAAUUGAUGAAAAAAAAUUGGAAAUACAAAUGAAAGAAGAGGAGAGUUUGCUGCUAAAGACAGCAGUUGAUAUGGCAAUGAACAGUGAACACCCAAGAGAAUAUUACGUGGAAGAGCUUCAACAACAGAUUGCAGCACUGAAGCUGAAGUGGGAUACAGCUAGAAAGCCGCUGGAGGAAAAGAAAGCAAAUCUUGAAAAUUCACUUCUUUCACAGAAAUCAAAAAUUCAACACAAGAUGGAACAACUAAAGGAUGUGCAAAAAGAAAUUACGAGGAUAACUGCUAAAAUUCAUGAAAGAGAGAAGGAAGAAAUUUCAUUAGCAGAAGAACUUGAAAAUGCACCAAAAGUGGCUGCACGGCAUACUUACAUCAGACGGAUAACAGAACUUACAAAGAAUAGCAAAAAGCAAGAUGCAGACAUUGCUCGCAUAGUUCAUGACACACAACAGCUUCAAAGAGAAAGCAAUGGUUCCCAAGAUCGUCUUCGCCGUAUUUAUGCUCUUGUUGAUGAAAUUGUAUUCAGGGAUGCAAAGAAGACUUCUACAGCUCGACAGGCUUAUAGGCUCUUAACUACUAUACAUGAAAACUUCAAUGAAACUUUUGAGAAAGUAUAUGGCAUUGACAAGGUGCAUAGAGAAAUUGCAGAAUACGAAGCUAAACUGGAAGCCAUGCAAAAGUCACAAUUUGAUGUGUCAAAAUUGCAGAAUGAUCUUGAUACAAUAUGGAAAGAAAAUGAAUUGCUUGAGAAGCAACUACAUAGAAAAUAAAAUAAAAACAUUUCAAACAACAUUCAGUUUUCUUUGAUAUUUGUUAAUUGAUCUAUUGUUUCGAAGAGCCUAUUGUAAAAUUUAAACAACACAAUGCUAGGUGUGGUGGCCAAGGCUUUGUUUUGGAUCAGUCCUGAAUGUCAGAUAUUUAAAAAGCUAACAGAAGGUGGCAAGGGAGCUGGGACAAGGCUUGUGCAAUUUUAAUAUGUUUACUGGGCUGGGUUACAAAUGCCCAAAAAAUAUCCCAUUUGUAGUGGUCAAUCAAUUCUUUUCUUUAAUGUCAACUUGCUAAAUUGGAGACUCCAAUGUUUCUUCUGAUAUCUA